AUGAAGUCAUUUCUUCAAAUCAUUCCAUUCAUACCCUUAAUCACCGGGUCUGUUAUACCUUUUGAUAACUGUGGUCUUCCUUGGUAUGGACUUCAAAAGGAUGGUAUUGCCAUUGGCUGGKUGCCAUCAAAUGGCAACGAAACAGAGGGCGUGUCAUCCCCACGGUACACAAUGGCCGAAAUCAACCACAGGCUUGGCGCUAUUUCCAGUACUUAUGGGAUGUAUUCCCACAUCACGUCCCAGAACUACGAUGGCUAUGAACUCCUUGAGGAACUCUACGACAUUAUUGAGUCAAAGGCCAUUUUUAUUGCCUCCGUGAUGCCCGUGCUUCAGGCUGGCUUCAACGCAAUCACACCAGAUGUAGCCUCUCAGAUAGCUGCUGUGAUGAGAGAAUUCACGGAUCGAGGAGUUCUUGUUUGGCUACGAUACGGUCACGAAAUGAAUUGGUACGUUGAUCCGGCUGCGGAACCCCGAUACUACGGAACAUCUGCAGAAUUUGUUGCAUCAUUUCAACGUGUCGCUGAAGCUGUCGCAGACAAUCCGAUGGUAUUGAUGUUCUGGUCGCCAAACAACCUGGGUGGAGGCCCAGCUUCUUCUCUGGAUGAAUGGUACCCAGGAGAUGAUGUUGUUGAUCUCGUCGGCAUUGACUGCUAUCCGCAGUCUUUAAAUGAAACGUUUGAAUGGUGCUACAGAAAUUUUUAUAACCAUUUCUCUGCAGCUAAAAACAAACCAUUUGCUAUAGGCGAAACCGGCGCGUCUGGAGACCUCAAAGAGCACUGGCUCACAGAGCUCGUCAGUCAAAACAGAGAGCAAUAUUCACAGUACAUUUCCACGGCUUGGUUCGAAUAUAACAAGUCAACCGAUUUUCAACUUGUCAUGGGAAAUAAAUCAGUUCUAGAAGAGACCAGAGAAAUCCUAGGUUUGAACUGA